GUGUUCCGUGUCGGUCGGAAAUACGUCACGUUUCUGAAGCUAAAGAUGCUCCAACUCCGCUGUGAGAGUGACUUUAACAUUAAGUUGUACUCUGUGGCAAACUUUGGCCACACCUAGAUCCUGUCCAAAAAAAAAAAAAGAAAGAAAAAAAAGGUUUAUUAUUUUUAUUUUUAUUUUAUUUUUUUUUAUUCUUCCUCUGGUGCGUUUGUUUGUGUGUCGGCGAGUCCCGGCGGCGUAACCGGAGAAGGGCCUCACAGAGAGGGGAAUGCAGGACUGCAAUGGAGCACAAUGCAAUACAGUGGUUGGGUGCUCCCUCCUGCCAGCGAGGCAGUUACGCCUUUUACAAGUCGGUUAGCAGCCGAGCUCAGCCCGACGGGCCCGUCCAGGUGUGGAAACUCGGCGAGUUUUACUUCAUCCGCUGUGGACCGCAGGAUCCUGUGUGCAUCGCCGAGGUGACCUUACUGUGGGAGGACCAGACCCGGCGCCACCUGCUGGCCAGCGCCAGACUCUACUUCCUGCCUGAGGACACGCCGAAGGGCCGGACCAGGGAGCACGGAGAGGAUGAAGUUCUGGCGGUGUCCAGGAAGAUGGUGGUGCGGGUGGAGGACCUGGUGCAAUGGUCGUGUGCGCAGCCGGCAGGUUGGAGCAGCAGCCUGAAGGCGUUGGUGUGCGGGACCAACGGCCUCCACAAACCUCCGCAGAGCGGCGACGGCAGCAACGGCACGACGGACAAAAGCAGCGAGCCGCUCAAAGACAAAACCGAGAACGGCGCGGCGGAGCACCACGCUGUCAAAGUCAUCAGCUACCCCCAGUACUGCCGCUUCCGCUCGCUGCAGCGGCGCAUCCAGGACGGAGCGAGGGGGUCUGCCCUGCAGGACUCCCACCUGCUGGCGCUGGGAGGCAUCAAGGUGACGCCCAACACCCGAGUCAUGUACUGCAGGGACACCUUCAACCACCCGACGCUGGAGAGCAGCUCCGGCUUCUCCUGGCAGUUCAGAUGUCCUUCUCUCAGUCUGCGAGGACGACCUCGUAAGAGGAGAGGCCGCGACAGCAAAGACUCGCCAAACUUCAGCCAGUCUGAGUCGUGGAUCGAGAGGAUGAAGGAGAACGUGAUGGGCAGCGUGGAGGUUGGCUGCGACGGCGGCUGGCUCCCUCACCCCGAGGAGCAGCUGUUCCUCGAUCAGCUGUUCGCCUUCAUGGACCGCCACGGAUCGCCGAUCCACAAAGUGCCGAACCUGGGCUUCAAGAAGAUCGACCUCUUCCUCAUGUACUCUGUGGUCAAACGGCUCGGGGGCUACAAAAAGGUGACGACAGACCGUCUGUGGAAAGUGGUUUACAACGAGCUGGGCGGAUGCCCCGGCAGCACCAGCGCUGCGACCUGCACCAGGAGACACUACGAGAGGCUGAUGCUUCCUUAUGAAGAACACCUCAGAGCGGGCGGAGCAGAGUUUAAAGUCCCAGAAUCCCCGGUGGUGCCGAAGCCCAGAGGCAUCAGAGGCAGGAGACCGCAUCCCAGAGGCAAAAAGCCGGGACCCAGACCCCGGGAGAGGAAGGUGGCCACACCCCCUGCUGCUGCCACCAUACGUGAUGACGUCCCAAACCCGAACGGCACCAUGGUGGCAAAGAGAGGCAGAGGCCGGCCGCCGGGCACGCGAAACAAGGCCACGGUGCUCGCUCAGGCAAAGCUGCUGGCACUGCAGCAGGCGAAGGUCAAAGGCAGCGCGGUGGAGAUGACGCAGCAACAGCUUCCAGCCGUGGGCCGCGGAGGAACUGCUGCCAGCAUGCACAGGCCGGCCAUCCUGCCCAUCACCAUGCCCCUCACCCCGGACCUCGCCCCCCUCGCCGGCCCCUUCAUCUCUUUCCAGCCCAAACCGAAGGAGGUGAAGACGGAGCGAGGGGAGUCUGUGGUUCCCGCCACGGGCGUGCUCCUCUCCGCGCUGCCGCGCCACUUCAUCGGCAGCUCUCUGAGCGGCUUCAGCCCCAUCAAAGGCUUGUGUCCUUCGGACGUGUUCAGGAGCCGGCUGGGCCUGCAGAGGGCCGAGAGCCCCGCCCUGACGCCCCAGGACCCGAGCCAGCACCAUCCCACCAUCUACGCCCCCCAGCCGAAGAGCGGGAGCCCAGACACCCCGCACCCGAGCGGGGAGCAGCCACAGCCCCACCCCCUCCAGCAGCACCACACCCAUUGCUCAGGGUGUAACAUGGACGAGGGGGGGCCGCGAGGAGGCGGGCGAGAGGCUAGAACCCGGCCCCCCAUGCCCCCCCUCCGAGUCCUUCCCGUGAACCUCGACUGCAGCGUUCAGGUGUGUCAGCUGAUGAGGACUCGUUGCUUGGGCCCGUCCCAGCUGCAGAUGUUCACGCGCUGCCUGUCCGAGGCGCUCUCCCAGGACCUGAACGCCAAGCCCGCCCCUCCCCCCGAGCAGGCGCUGCCCCUCAACCUCAGCAAACGGUUCACGCCGAAGAGACCCGCCGCGGAAGGGCCGGAGCCGAGCCGGGCCGUCGUCAACGGGAACGCCGACCAGCUGCCGGCCAAGAGAGCGAGGACCGGCUUCACAGAGCCAGCUGAGGAAACGCGCUCCAGCUCCGCAGGAAGUGCAGCAGGAGGCGCGGCGGCGGUGGGAGGAGGAGGGCAGGUAGAGGUGGAGAUGAAGAACCAGGAUGAACCCGCAGAUCUGAGCUCACCCAGCAGGAUCAGGGCCUUCCUGCUCGGCCUGCCGCCCUUCAAAGUCAAACUGGAGGAGGAUCUGAACGGCGUGCGGUUCGGGAAGUUCGUCCCUAAAGUCGAGAGCGGAGAGGAUCCGCUAAAAGAUGUGAAGAAGGAGGAUGAGGAGGAGGUGGCAGUAGAAAAGAUGGCGAUGGAAGGGAGAGACUGCGGCGACUGCUCCAGCCGCGGCGCCGCCAAUGCUGACACGCAGUGUUUUUAACCCCCGCCGCUUUGAUUUGUUGGAAGAUCACGUCAGCGCCUGAACCCACGGGAGCGCCGAGCUUUCGUUUCUCCAUCUUCACCGUUUUAGUUUUUUUCCACUCACGUCGUCGGACGAACUCUGCGGAGGAACGGCGGCUCAUGACAAUCACGCAUCUCACCGGAGACGAGACUCGGACACGCAGUGCCAUAACCUCCAUAACACUACGAUUAACUCCGCCGCCACAAAGUCAGACUCAGUGUCCAUCUAUGGGUGAUGCUAUGCAUCGGGACUUCAUUAACUAGCAUUAAGAGUGUACUGUAGUUUGUAGCUUUGAAAUCGUUCUCUACGUCUGUAGAGACAGAGUUAUUUUCUGAUAAGGUGUUUAGAUGUUACGUGAGCAAAAGAAAAAAGAAGCAGCUCCUCUCAGUCUUCACGUUAUAGCUCGUUAAGUGAAGCGUUUAUAGUCCUGUUCGUUAGCUCUAAUGAUGUAAACUUUCUCACACACGUGCCUUAAACCGGCGAGCUGCUUCGUCGCCGGCUUCAAACACAUUCUCUUAAAGAGAUACCUUGAUGUUGGACCUGCUUCCCUCAGCUCUCUUGUAGAGCUGCUUCCAGGCCUGAGAAAAAAUGGCGUUUCAAUGUUUCUCAGAGUUCGUCAAGCUCGUAACGACUGCGCGGACCCUCCACCUCAUUGGUUUCCUUAUAAAACCCUCAGCAGCUACGAUGGCGCCCUCAUCACUACCAGCCUUCACGUUAGAGCUCGUACCAAACUCGUAGCCCAAGCAUUCAGACUACCUCAGGUUCUUUUAUAGUUUCUCGCCUGCUUCAUAUGUUCAAGGGGAGCAUCCCAGCAUGCAUUAGGGUAGGAGGCCAGUCCAUAAACGCACAUACAUGGAUGCCAAGCAUGUGGAGUUAAACCGUUAAAACACGCCUUCUCCCCAACUCCUACAAACUGGAUUUGUUAGGAACUACUUUUAGUGGCGGAUUGAUCCGUAUAUAGGGGUGUUUAGGGCAGCGUGAUAUUGACACCUGCACUUUCUGAAACAUUGACUGAGGUGAGAUCAGAAAGUUCCAGCACAGCUGCUCGGGAGACGGGCACCAGCUGACCUCCAGCGUCCAGCGUUGAUUUCUCAAAGUGGACAAAGUCAGGCGGAGGGAUCUGAGGGGUUCAGGAGGUGAGCAAAGAUUAUGAAUCACCUGGUGCAGGUGAGGGAUAAAUUCACGGUUUGCAACUUGAUGAAUGUGGAGAACCUGACGGACUUCACCUGCUGAGCCUCUCAGGAAGUCUGGAGUCUUCGUCUGGUUCGUAGAGCGAACGCUCGCCAUCCGUGAUGGUCCGAGUGCGACUCCGUAGCUCCAAGCUCUUUAAUGUGAAACCAGGUUUCUGGUCCUUUGACGGGCCAGUAUCUGGGACUUUCUGAUCACCUCGAGCGCUCGAGUCGUCUCCACCCCGACCUCGUUACAUCUCGUUGUGAGAGCGGCUCUCUCCUUUGCACCGCUCUCCGAUACGACAGUCGUGGACUUUAAGCGUCGGACCUGUUAGUUCGGUUUCUGUUCGAUUCAGUCGUGUUUAGGAAAAAGCUCCACCAAAGACUGCGAAACGGAUCCUUCAUCACUUCAUCAUCAUCAUCCUGUCAUUUAAAGCGCUACAUAAAACCCAAGCAUCAAGGUAUCCCUUUAAGUCGCCUUUUCUUGUUUGUUUUCUGCCACAGACGUUGGUUCAGAUUUGCACACCUACUGUACACACUCGCUUUUCCUCGUUUCCUUCCUUCCCGAGUAGUCGAAUCAACUACGACACCGAAAUUAAGUGGUGCUGUUUGCUUAGUUUUGUUGCCAUAUUAUUGUUGUUGUUAUUGUUGUUGUUGUUCAUUUCAUCGCCAUCACGCGUCGAGAGGAAAAGUUCCUCGUAGCCGACCUAAUUUUCCUGAGAAUUUUAAGAAAGUCUAUUUUAAUUAAAAGAAACCGUCGGCUUGUUUAUGAAAAUAUGUGCAGGAUCUUUUUCCUCCUGAUUUAUUCGACUGUUGGCUUCACGUGAGGCAAAUGAGUACGCGAGUAGAGAUGUACACACUCAGUCGGUCGUAGCUGGGCAGACGCACCAAAGUACUCGACCGGGACUUUUCCGUAACCUCUGUCGGAGUUUUAGGACUUCAGGAUUUUCUUCUUCACUCGUGGGGAAAAUGAGCAGUAACCAGGAGACGAUGGUGAAUAACACAAAGUCAUAUUCCCCUUCAUGCAGUAACAACAGUGAGAACAGGGUAACUACUGUACAUAAUGGCUCUGCUACUUCCUGUCACCUUUAUUUAUUGCAGGUGAGGCGCUUCAGAGGGAACGAGUUCAUACAACCUCCAAACGUUUCCAAAAGACGCACGUUCUCUCGGUUUUAUCGUCGUGCAGACGCGGCGAGUCUUUUCAGGCUUUACACUCAAUUUUACAGAAGAAACGUGACAGAAGUGGUCGUGUGAAAGUUUCCACCUGCACCUUUAGCUUUUGGCGAGCUGUACCGCUUACUUUAACGCACAACGACGACGUUAUCAAAGGGGGACCGAUUCUGCUCAUUUCCUUUAUUUUUAUUCUUCAACUCUACCAGAGCAGCUUUGCAUGACUCAUAGCUCAAAAUAAUCCUUCUUUUUAUUAAACUGGGCUUUAACUUUAUCGUAUGUCUAAAACAAGCUGUUUUAGCUCCAGUGUCUUUAAGGAAACCCUCCUGAAAAGCUCCUCCUGAGGGGCAGCAGCCAGUAAAGCCUACAGUAGAGGGGCGUGUGUGCAGAUGACCCCUUAAAAGCACCCCAGGAGUAACCGAUGAAGACGAGGUCACAUUUCAAAAUGACUGGGUUUGCAUCAAAUGUUAGCGAGGGUGGUCUUUGCAUGUUCAGAUAUUCUUGGAAGAACCCGGAAGUCUUUAUCGAUUAAUACUGAGGUGCUAGAACUUGUCACUAAGGGUACAUUCGCUGCCAAAAAGCAGGUGUUUGAAGCGCAGUUAACUUCACAAAACGUUCUUCUUCUUCACAAAAUCGCUUUACUCGCCAUUAUGUCAUCCUGACCUUUGAAUCGACUCGUCUUCCUCUGUCGUAGGACCUCGUUCACUUUGAUUCACCUCAGCUUCUCGCUGGGCGCCUCCCAGUCAAACCAUAACUCCACUGGACCAGUUUUCUCUUUAAUCUCUUAAAUCUGUUUUUAUUUUUAGCUGCAUUUAUUGUUGACGAGUCAAAGUCGGGUGAAGGGAGGUCUUCUAGUUUAGAGCUGGAGAAUCAGGUGAACCCAGUGUGCGACCAGGUUUUCUCCUGGUUAUUUAAACUGAGUUUGUUAAAGUUUCUUUAGGUAUAAUUUCAGUUUUUUUCUUUUCCCAUUUGAUCUUAAAUUUUCCAAUGUUUACAUUUUGUUAUGCAUGUUCAGCAGAUCUUAUAUCCAGUGUUUUGCACACUACUCCAGCAUCAAGACUCAAGCGGCACUGCUCAUUUCUGUAAAGUUCUUCAAAUUUAAGUGCCUGAUACUUUGGAUUGGAGUUGAUACUUGCAGGCGAAUGAGCUCAUUGGCCUUCACAACGUUGACUUGAACAACGGCUCCUGCAGUCGGAUGGCGUUUCUUUGACCUGUUGGGUGAAAUGAGUUGGAGGCAGGACGCUCGCUCAGCUCCGUCUGUCGGAGCAAACUGGACCUAACGAGGACGCCGAGUAGCCGGACGGACAUUCAUGAAGAAAAAUGAUCAAAUCUUUUUUAAAAGGUGCUGCACGCCACAUUUUAACAUCUGAAGUUGCUGCAUCGAUGUGACUGUUAGAAAGAGAGAAAGCUUUCCUCUGGCUUCUAUAUCAGUGUCAAAAAAUUAGCUACAUGUCAGAUGCUCCUAAACUAUUUUAAUCAAUUCUGUAUUUUUGAAUAAAUAUUGAAUGUUUGGCCGAAUAAAGUGUUUCAAAAAAA